UUCUCUCGCUAAACCCCUUUAUUUCUUUGCUUUCCCAACUCGCUCCUUAUCAACCAGGCCCAUUCCUCCAACUUGACAUUCAGCUCUCGAAAGAAUCAUCCUUUACUUCCGUUUACUCCUAAAGCAUACCGGUGCCGAUACUACGACCCUUUUGCCAUCAUGCGCGCCGUCUUCGCUCAUAUCUCCUUCUCCCUCCUCCUCGGCCUGGCCACCGCCCAAAUAGAGAUCCCAGACGGCAUCGACCUCGAUAACAUCGAUCUGGAGAACCUCGACCUGGACAAUAUUGAUCUCGAUAACAUCAAUCUCGACGAAAUCGAACUUCCCGACGGUGUCGAGCUCCCCGAUGGCGUCGAGAUCCCCAGUGGCGUAGGGCUGCCCGACAGCGCCCAGCAGACCGCCACGCCCACUGAGCCCGAGGCCGAGAACGCCGACGACGACUCAGGCCACGAGGCCGGCAGCCUCCCCGCCCUCAUUGAUGAGCUACCCGACUGUGCCGCCCGCUGUCUCCCCGGGGCCGCCGAUAGCAUUGGCUGUUCCGUCACCGAUUUCUCCUGUCUCUGCCGCGAUUCCGAGCAGCUGGUGACCUCCAUGGGACCCUGCGCUGCGUUGAGAUGCAGCUCCGAAGACGUUAGCAGGGCCGCCCAGGUUGCUCCCAUGAUUUGCAACCGCGUUGCCACGAACCCUAGCUCGGACGAAGUUGACUCUGCAUCCCGUAUCGUAACGUCCACCAUUGGUGGCGCCACUGGCUCCGCAGGAAACGACGACGACGAUGAGAAUAACGCCGUGCGCAACGUCCACCCCGCCUUCGGCCUCAUUGGGGUCGCCAUGCUAGCCGCAUUUGCCUUUUAAGGUUACUCAUCCACGUACACAUCGACAUCUAUUAUCGGCCGGGAAGUUCCAUAUUUGAAACAUCACAUAUCGAGAUCUAUUAGCGCUACAAAGAGUGGGAAACGGCGUUAGGGUGACAAUAUUGGGAACAGGCAUUCUGGAAGGAAACCUCAUUAGAUUGGCCUACAAGACCGGGUUACAGCACGGCCCUUCCACUUUGACCUCGGCCGAAUUUGGAGUUAAUUUUUGCUUAUUUGUUUCUGGAUGCAGGAAUCAUCCGUCGUCACUGUUGCCUCUCGAGAUUCUCCGAGAUUCCAAAACGUCGGCAUGUUGUUCUGAGAUCGAACAGGAGGCUACGGAUCUCGAUCCGAAUGCGGCUC